GCUACUGACGCAGCGCAUCGAGACUCGGACUGGUCCCAAAGAGACCGACUAUGCCGAGGUCCUUUCUGGUGAAGAGCAAGAGGGCCCACAGCUACCACCAGCCACGGUACCUGCACGAUGACCACGCCAGACUGGACCCUGUUCUGGCCCAUGUAUGCGGCGCAGAGGCCAAAGCUCCGUUGGUGUUCGAGGGGAACUUGGAGGAUGCCAGUGACAUUCACCAUAGACUGUCUCCGGAGUCCCAGCUGGUACGCACAGCUGGCCUCUCCUCCAGCUCUCCGCUGAGCUGCGAAGGCAGCGUGUGUGACCGCUCUGCAGGCUGUGACUUCUGGCGCCCUCCAUCUCCUUCUUCAUCUCCAGAUGCAGAGACAUGUCCCACCCCAGCAGCAGGGGAGGGUCGCCACCUCAACAUGCCAUUUCUUCCGUACGCAUGGACACGAUUUUCAGACCCGGAGCUCCGGCAUCUGAUUCAGAGAACUUACCACCACCAUCACCACCACCACCUGUCGAGGCCCAAGGAUCCAGACUCGCCCGUCAGCAUCUACGGGGCAGAAGACGAUGGCCCCGACGCCGUUUACGCGCAACAGGUCUCCGUCACUGGACGCUACACGGAUUAUCCUUCCACCCACCAAACCUGCAGGACGCGGGACGCGGGGUUGUACAUGGAUGUGAAGGGGGAGUCCUACGUCUCUAACAUUAAGACCGAGAACAAUGCCAUCCGUCCUAAACUCGAUUCCAACGGUUCCUAUAUGUGUGUCAAGUGCCGCAAGGUCUUCUCGACGCCACACGGACUGGAGGUCCACGUACGACGCUCCCACAGCGGCACGCGGCCCUUCGAGUGCGACGUGUGCGGUAAAACGUUCGGACACGCCGUGAGCCUGGAGCAACACCGGGCGGUGCACUCGCAGGAGAGGAGCUUCAGCUGUAAAAUCUGCGGCAAAAGCUUCAAGCGCUCCUCCACGCUGUCCACGCACCUGCUCAUCCACUCGGACACCCGGCCUUACCCGUGCCAGUACUGCGGCAAGCGGUUCCACCAGAAGUCGGACAUGAAAAAACACACUUUCAUACACACCGGUGAGAAGCCGCACAAGUGCCAGGUGUGCGGCAAGGCCUUCAGCCAGAGCUCCAACCUGAUCACACACAGUAGGAAACACACGGGCUUCAAACCCUUCGGCUGCGAGCUGUGCGCCAAAGGCUUUCAGAGGAAGGUGGACCUGAGGAGACACAAGGAAACGCAGCACGGACUGAAAUGAGGAGACGUGCUUCGAUUCAAACAGGACCCCCCCCCCCCGUGGCUGUAACGCAUGUCAUAAUAGGCUGUUAUUGGUGUUUGCUGUAACAUAUUUAGCAUAUAGUCCACACUGUCCAGCUAAUCAUUUAGGCUUUCAUAUUGGCUGAUAUAGGAAUAAACGAGUUUGUCACCCCUGUAGCUCAUUUCUCAAAUUCGCCACAGCAAAUGGGCCUGCGGUACCAACGGCACGUUUUAAACCACACCGUUAUGCUAAUUAGUUGCUGAUAAUGCACCUUAUUAAAGCAGCAGUAUUGCAUUUUAAAAUUUGACAUUUUUAAUUUAAAAACGACGACGGUUUACUAUGCGAGGCAAAUUUAAAACGAAAUAACCUAAAUUAAAAAAAACAAAAAAAAACCGUAGGCACAAUCAUUUCAGGUAUAAGACUAUUUCGAUUUUCACGAUUACACUCGUCCGUUCUGAUAAACGCUCGUUCAUUUCAUUUACAUAGGCCGAGUCGACGGAAGUUAACCGAGGCCAUCAAUCACGUCCCAGUUUCCAUGGCAGGUCAAAAUAAAACCUCCCGGAUGGAAAUGAACAACGUCUUCUAGCGCGAACCACCUGGCCAUAACCAAACAUUUCCACAUCCAUGUUGUGUUAACAUCCAGCCUCGGCAAAUGAGCUUAUGGCCCCAUAAAGCCUCGUGUGAAGGCAGCCGGGAGAAAUAGCGUCACGUUUAUUGCUCCGCGCGCUCCUGCGGCGCAGCGCGGCCACAUGGCGUUUUCACGCGACGGAUGAAGAAGACAUGGGUGUGAUUUAUUUCACAUGACAGAAGCUUUAAAAGUUAAACAUUCAGGGGUCUUUAACGCGCCUUUGAACUGAUUUAGACGUGCACAGGGAGCGGACUGUUUUAUAUAUAUCUAUAUAAACAUAUUGACCUCACCCGAACCCAGUCUAGCAGUAAUAGUAGAAGAUAUUGACCUCACCCGAGUUAAAACCUGUACUUAGUUUGGUACCGUGCAUUAGCGUAAACAAAUUACAAUGAGUUUGGUACAUCAUGUUGCCUUUUUGGGUGUAUUAUUUCAGAAGCAAUUUUUAGCCCGAAAAAAGCAACCUAAUCAAGGGAGGAUGGUAUUCCAAGCUAUACGCUAUGAUUUUUCUUAUAUUACUUCAGAAUGUGUGAUAUAUACUCACUUUUCCCUUCCGAAAAUUCAUAGACAGAAGAAAAUACAUAUAAAAUACGUGAA